UCGUUCUCUGUAUGAUCAACUCCAUCUCGUAACAGUCGACCACAUGUGCGCUGUAGAAACACAUCAAUUGAUACUGCAUUAAAGUGUUAUUUCGCAUAAAACAAAUCAAAUUAAUUAAUCAUAUUAAUUAUCUAUAUAAUAUAGUUGCUGAAAACGCGAAGCGUUCAAUUAUGUCACGGUCUGAUGUUGAAGAAGACUCGUGUCCCAGAGUACGGUAUUCGGCGAGUCCAUUAGAUUUGAAACAGAAACCCAUAAGUGAUUCUCCAUCAAAGUCGAAGAAAACUUCGUUUUGUAUAGAAGCGUUGCUAGGCCACCGUGAAGUUUCACGCAAGACAUCAUUGACAGCGUCAUCAGACUGUUCGUCUACUCCUUGUUCAAGUCGUAGUGCUUCAAUAUCUCCUGGGCCGGAACAACAAUUCGGAUACGAAGGUAAACACAGCGACGAGAACGAUGCAAUUUCGACCUCGACAAUGCGAUCAUUGACUUAUAAUUCCAACUACUUGAAGUCCGACUUCCCAAUCACUUCAUCUGCUACCGAACUUUUAACCCGCGACCAUAGACGGAAUGGUGGUUUUGGAUUUAUUCACGGAUCUUCAGCAUUUCAGCCAUUACCUCGCAUAGAUACGAAUACCAAUAAUUCUCCAAGCUCAACAAUCGCAACAGUUUCAGCCACAGCUGCCAAUCCCAAUCGCUCAAAUGUAUCUGCUGGUCAAUUGCAACAGAUGCAACUUGAGUGGUUUGCUAGAGCAGGAAUGUUUUACGCUGGACCUAGAUUGCACGAUUUAACAGGCCCACACCCGCACGCUUUACUGGGGAAGACAAGACGGCCAAGAACUGCAUUCACUAGUCAGCAGCUUCUAGAGUUGGAAAAACAAUUCAGACAAAACAAAUAUUUAUCCAGACCUAAAAGAUUCGAGGUGGCUACAAAUUUAAUGCUCACUGAAACUCAAGUAAAAAUUUGGUUUCAAAACCGCCGGAUGAAAUGGAAACGCAGUAAAAAAGCUCAGCAAGAAGCUAAAAUAUCUUCGAGGGAUGAUACGGCGUUGGAAAAACGAGGAACCGUAAAUAUUCGAACAUGCGGUACAGGGAGUAAUGAUCUACAAAGUAACUCCAACAUUAGAUCUCCUGAAGAAUCCCGCAUAAAAAUAGACUGCCCGACAUCUUCCGCUGCCACAACCAUUCAAACUCAAUCUCAUCACAAUUCUACUGCUCAACUAAGCCAUAAUUAUCACACUAUAAACAAUAUUCGAUCGCACGAGCAAGACGGAAAUUGCGAGUCAUUAUACAGACCGUACGUAUCAUAACAGACUUUUGAGUAAAUUUAUUUUGUGUAUAAAGUUCCGAUCAAAUAAUAACAACAUUGGUCAGUUUGUAUUAUAGACAUUAUUAUCUGGUUUUAAUUAUUUUAUAACAUAAUUAUAAGAUGAUAUAUUGAUAUCGAUGUACAUUACACAUACUAUUAUAUUGUUUUUUAUAUGUCAUAAUAUUGUACUAUUAUAUGAAAUAAUAAUUUAAUAUCAUGAUUAUUUAUUAACAAGACAAUUAAUAAGUAAUGUAUUCAACUAAACACAUUUCUAAGCGUUUAGAAAUUAUUUGGAAAGCAUUAUAUUAAAUAAAACAAGUAUAACUACCCAAAUAUUUUUAAUUUUAUGUAAUGAAUAUUAAUCUGGGUUUCCAGUAACUGGGUUUCCAGUAAAAUAUUUGUUUAAAAUAAUCGUCUGAACUAGUAUAUUAUUAUGAUUCAUGGUUCAUAAUAUGAUAAACACAUCGUGCAUUGUGCAUACUUGUAUUUUAGUAAAAUAUUGUUAUUUACCGAGUAUAUUUACUUUUACAUACAUUUAAUGUUCUUUAACGAUAUUGUAAAAUAUUUAUUUUAGUUUUACGAGAGAGAUAAUUGUAUGUUUUUGUGUGACUGUUUUUAUUCGUACUUACUACCUACUAAUUUAAUAUUAUUAUGAAAUAUUUUAAUAAUAGAUAAUAUGAAACAUAUUUAAUGAAUAAAUGAUAGUACUCAAUCAAAAUCUGGAAAUUGUAUAA